UCGCACUCCAGCAAGCCUACGGAUGGCUAGUUGGAUGCUAAAUUUUUCGGCUUCGCACAGUGGUUGGAGCUGCCGCCCGGAUGUGGGCCUCUCUUUCAAAGUCACGCACCUACCUUCAGUGAGGGUCCAAGUUUGCAAUGCCCCUGAUGAACCACUGCGACCAUGUAAGAACCGACGCUACCUACAGUGGCAGGUGUACAACUCCGUAGCCAUGACAACUUCCUGUUCAAAGUGCGUAUUGCACUGUACAUAUGUCCAUCCAUACGCAGUUGACAUCUUACAAUCCUGAAUCCAUCUAGUCUCCAAUCAUCACAUGUCCUCCACUAGCAAUGUCGGCGACUACUCACACGCAUACCUCCUGAAUCCAUCCCGCAAUCGCGCCAAACAAACCCCUAUCGACGCGAAGGGGGUGACGCCGUCAACCCCUCAGACAUCAUCACCACUGCCACCACCGUUGCCCAUGACACACACUCACAUGUCCUUGUUUACGCACGUUUUCAUUGAUAUGGAUCCAUCAUUCGUUUCGCAAGGCCAUUCGCUCCUGCGACGGACUAUUCUCGCUAACCGACCGAUGUACUUUCCCGGCACCAUGCCCAAACCAUGCCCAUAA